CUCCCCACCCCAACACAGGCCCACACAGGCACUGCAGGGGCCCACACCUGCUCCCACUGUGGGAAGAGCUUCAGGCAUAAGUCAAACUUGACUGUACAUCAGCGAAUCCAUACAGGGGAAUGUCCCUAUCAGUGUUCAGAGUGUGGGAUGAGCUUCAGUCAGUCAAAUACUUUGAGAAUACAUCAGAGGACUCAUACGGGAGAGCGCCCAUACCACUGCACCCAGUGUGGGCAGACCUUCAGAUCCAAAUCAUGCCUGACAAGACAUGAUCGAAUCCAUACAGGAGAGCGCCCCUACCCCUGCCCCCAGUGUGGGAAGUGUUUCACAUCAAAAUCACGUCUGAAAACACACCAACCAGUGCAUACUGGGGAGCGCCCAUACCACUGCUCCCACUGUGGGAAGAGCUUCAGAUCCAAAUCAUGCCUGACAAGACAUGAUCGAAUUCAUACAGGAGAGCGCCCCUACCCCUGCCCCCAGUGUGGGAGGAACUUCAGUUGUAAAACUGACCUGUCGGUACACCAGCGAGUUCAUACAGAGGAGCGGCCAUACCACUGCUCCCAGUGUGAGAAGAGCUUUAAAAGUAAAUCUUAUUUGAUGGAACACCAGCAAUGCCAUAUACAGGCGCACCCAAACCAGUGCACCCAGUGUGGGAAGACCUUCAGCUGUAAAGCAUACAUAACAGUACACCAGCGAGUUCAUACUGGGGAACGCCCGUACCACUGCUCCCAGUGUAAGAAGAGCUUUAGAAGUAUAUCUCACUUGAAGGCACACCAGCGGACUCAUACCGGAGAGCGCCCAUACCACUGCCCCCAGUGUGGGAAGAACUUCAGUUGUAAGUCACAUUUGACAAUACACCAGCGAACCCACACAGGAGAGCGCCCGUACCACUGCUCCCAGUGUGGGAAGGGCUUCACGUCCUCUACGCAAUUUAAACAUCAUCAGCGAAUUCACACAGGAGAGCGGCCGUACCAGUGCCCCGUGUGUGGGGAGCAUUUCAAUCAACCCAGCAGCCUGAGGAAACAUCAGAGGACUCACUUAGGAGGACGCCCCUACCGCUGCUCCCAGUGUGGGGAGAGCUGCUCCCAGUGUGGGAAGAGCUGCUCCCAGUGUGGGAAGGGCUGCUCCCAGUGUGGGAAGAGCUGCUCCCAGAGCCACCGGGCGGCCCACCGGGGGAUUCACACAGGGCAGCACCAGCGAGUUCACGCCGCGAGUUACCCCUUCCACUGCUUCCAGUGCGGACAGGGCUUUGGGGAAUCGCAGAGUUUGGUUCUGCACCAGAAAACCUGUGCGAAAUAGUCCCCGCCUCGCACGACCAGGAGCGGAAAGAGCUUCAUUGGUAUAAUGAAAAUCCUACCGUUGCCCUGCAAGCGAUACUAAAACUCUUUGCAUUUGAAUGGAUCUCUGUGGGAAUUUGGGUGGAUCUAG